AUGUUAUCCAGCUCUUUGAGACCUCUACUUAAGAGCAAGUUGCAGGCUCGUGUGCUCAGCUCCUUAUCGGAGGCUGCGGGAUCUACUUCCAACAACACAGACAUUGCUGAUGCCGAGGCCAGAAAGGGAAGAGCUAAAAGAACAUUACUGGCGGAAUUGAACCGUGGCCCAAGCUUUGAUGAUUUCCUUAGAGGUACUGCUAAAGAUUUCGAAAUGUCGGACCCUUUACAAAAAGAAAGAAACGAAACUGAGCUCAAGAAGCUCCCGAAAUGGCUAAAAGUGCCUAUUCCAAAGGGUAAAAGUUUCAGCACUUUGAAGAAAGAUGUCAGAGAAUUAAAGCUUGCCACGGUGUGUGAGGAAGCUAAGUGUCCUAAUAUUGGUGAAUGUUGGGGUGGUGGUGGUAAGAACUUGAACAAGGAUACUGGGGAAAUUGAUAAAUCCAAGGCCACUGCCACCAUCAUGUUGAUGGGUGAUACCUGUACCAGAGGUUGUCGUUUCUGUUCAGUGAAGACUAACAGAAACCCUGGGGCGCUUGAUGAGAAUGAACCAGAAAAUGUUGCUGAGGCGGUGACCCGUUGGGGUGUUGGGUACAUUGUGUUGACCACUGUCGACCGUGACGAUUUGCCAGAUGGUGGGUCAGCGCAUUUGACAAAAACCAUUCAAAAAAUCAAACAGAAGUCUCCAAAACUUUUAGUCGAGUGUCUAUCUGGUGAUUUCUUGGGUGACUUGGACUCUGUGGCAAUGUUGGCAAACAGUGGUCUUGAAGUGUACUCUCACAACCUCGAAACCGUUGAAGAAUUGACGCCGUUUGUUAGGGACCGUCGGGCGAAGUACCGUCAAUCUUUGGCGGUGUUGGAGCAUGCUAAAUUGACAAAUCCAAGCAUUCUCACAAAGACAUCAAUCAUGUUGGGUCUAGGGGAAACUGAUGAGCAAAUUCGUCAAACCAUGAAGGAUUUACGGGACAUUGGUUGUGAUAUCGUAACAUUUGGCCAGUAUAUGAGACCAACAAAGAGACAUAUGAAGGUUGUUGAAUACGUCAAGCCUGAAAAGUUUGAUCAUUGGCGUGACGUUGCCGAAAACGAAUUCGGGUUUGCUUAUUGUGCUAGUGGACCAUUGGUCAGAAGUAGCUAUAAAGCUGGGGAAUUCUAUAUUGAGAAUUUGUACAAGAAGAAAAAAGCCGAGCAAAGUAAAUUGCAAGGUUAG